AUGGAUGGACCACUCACGAGUUGCAAACCAUUCCUAGCGUACCUUUCGGCUUGUAGCACAGGGCAGGUCCGACACGAUGAGCUUGUGGACGAAGGAAUCCAUCCCACAGGUGCAUGUCAGCUCGCUGGAUUUCAGCACGUUAUUGACACCCUGUGGGAGGUCAACGACAAGUCCUGUGUAGAGGUGAAAAUGACGACGUACCAAUGGAUUCAAAAUCACGCCAUGACCGAUGCCGCGGUGAGCGAAGGGCUUCAUCGGGCAUGUAGAGAGCUACGAGGACGAUGGAUGACGGAGAACUCCUCCCGGGCAGCGUUGAGGCGCAGGGAGUGUGAGCCAAUUGUGGGGCGCCAGUCACGGUCAAUUCAAGACAAUAUGAGAGAAGCGAGGGAUGUAGAGGCGGACGACGAUGUGCCUCUUUAUUGGGUUCCUUAUGUUCAUUUCGGUAUCUAG